CAUAAUCCCGGCGACUACGUGUGAGGAGAGGCUGCCACCUUGCCCGCUGCGUGCUUUGCAGACAACCUGAAAAGUAAUUUCCAGACGUGUCUGUCGCACAUCACAUUGAAGGCACAGUCACAUUCACGCACACCGACCCCUUUUGCAGGUUGUGUGCGCAAGAAAACCACGCACACGUGGCAAGUGACGCAGAGGUGCGUAAAAUGGCCGAAGAAGUGUCACAGGAGAACCUUGCCAAGGAGGUCACAGUCCUCCUGGACAACGCCAUAAGUAGCGACCUACUUACUUCAGCUGACAAACCGGACGAGGGCAUCACCUUCAUUCGUGUUCCGUGGGCCAUGUGGAAUAACUUUAUCAGGCACGGCGCCGUAACGAGUGCCGAGUUGCGCGGCAGUGGUCAGUGCCUAGGGGCAGUGGUGGUGUUGCCGUGUGCGCCAGAACCCACCAGCGGUGACAGCUGUGCAUCUCGACCCCCCACCGGCAGCGACGAAGGACAGUUAUUGCCCAUGGACCAGAGUGACUGCGGCGAGGCCAAGUCGCCAUCUACUUAA